GUCAAAAUGAGCGAAGACCUGUACUGGGACACGAGCACGAAUCGCUACUUCAAGUUUAACGCCGAGAAAGACGAAUUUUAUUCCGAUGAUGAAACGCGAGCUGCAGAUGCUGCUGCAGCGGAGGAGGCGCGGCUUCUCAAAGAGCAGGAACAGCAGCAGCAGCAGCAGGAAGCUGCAGCUCCUGCUGGAGCCGAAAGCAGAGAGCCUCAGAAACGUACGGAAACAGGGCCUUCUGACGCUUCUUCAGCAGCAGCGGCGAGCGCUGAGGUGUCUGCGAAAGAAGCGGCGCACACGGGGGCAGCAGAGAAGAAAGUGGUGGAGAAGGAAGCAUCAGCGACACAGAACGUGGAGGAGAUGAAAAAAGCAGCAGAAGCUGUACAGAAGACUAAGGCGGCUGCGGAAGAUUCAGCUUCUGAAAGUGACGUUGCCAGCAAGCCGGGUUUACUGGGAGCUUCAGUGGCUUGUCAUGAACGAGUCGCUACUAUGUCAGAACCACCACGCGAUGCUGCAAGACUUACGUUGAUGGAGGACGCUCAACUCCGCAGCGCUAGCAGCAGACUCCUUACUGCUGGUGCUGAAGCAGCGCGGCAUGUGCAAUUAGAACUAAGCAGGAAGCUGGAAGAAGCAGAGGCAGAGAUCGCUCGUCUGAAGGCUGCGGAGCUGGCAAGAGAUAGGGGAUUAGAUGACAGCCAGGAGGCUCAAGCACUGAUUCGAGAGAGAGACGAGUUGCAGCUGCAGCUUCAACGGCUCCGAGAAGACACUGCUGAGCUGGAGGAAGCGAUGGAAGAAGCCGCUGUCGAGAAGGAGCUGGCUUUGGAAAAUCUGGAACGAGAAAGGGCGAAGGCGGAAGACAUCAAGCUGGAGCUUGAAUUGCAGUUGACUGAAAAAGAGCUGCAAGUGACUCAGCUGCAGCAGCAGCUGGCAGAGCAGCAGGCAAGAGAGGCCGAAGCCUUAAAACAGCAGCACCACAUGCUGCAGCAACAACUGCAGAUGCUCAACAAGAGCAAAGCCAAAGAGUUCGAACGGGGGGUUGAAAAGCUGAAGCAGCUGCUUCUAGCGGCACAUGAAGAGCGACAGAAGGCUGUCUUUGAAGCUCAGGCGCUGCAGCAGCAAGUAGCAGAGCAGCAGCAUCGUAUCGAGCAGUUGCAGGCAGCGGCUGCCGAUGAUCAGAGUCUUCUGCAGGAGUUGGAGUCGCAGCAACAAGAUCAGCAGAAGAUGCUGCAGCAACUGCUGCAGCAGCAGCGGCAGCAGCAGGAGCAGCUUCGGGAGGCUGCAAAACAGCGCCUUGUCUACCUCAUGGCAUUCCAGCGCCUCAGUAAACUUUACAAGGAGAGCGAAGUCUCGCAUCGCGGCACUGAAGACAGUCUUCGCGAGGAAACGCAGCGGCUGCAGCAGCAGCUGCACCAACUGAAGGAGGUGGCAGUGCCACGAUGGCAGCGAGUCUUCAUGCUGCAUGCGGCAGCAACUUCAAGCCUGCCUGAAGCAACCUCAGACACAAGCGAGGCAACUCUUAAGGAGCAGCAGCUGUUGCGGUCCAAUGAGCUGCUUCUGCUGCUGCGAGAACAGGCAGUGCUGCGGCAGCAGCAACAACAGCGCUGCGAGCUGCUGCAGCUUUGUCUGCCUGAGCAGUUGCUGCAGCGUUUCCAGAAACGCGUGGAAGGACCGCUGCUGCUGGAAACGUGA